AUGACGAAGACGAAACGACUUUCUAUAAGAAAGAAGAAGAGAACUUGUGUCAAAUCUCUUCAACAUCAACAACAACAAGAAUCGUUUUCUUCUACAAAUUCAAUUAUAAUUGCAGAACCUGACUUUGAGUUUUACUUACCCGAUGAGUGCUGGGAGCAUGUCUUCACAUUCCUCAUCAACCCGGUCAAGCCGGUCAAGCCGUUGGCUAACAUCAAGCCGGCUAACCCGUUUCAUGUCUUCCCAUUCCCCACUGACCCCGUCUAUGGCACAAUCAAAGACAAAUACAAACGCAAUUUUGAAUCUCUAUCUCUCGUCUCAAAACACUUCCUCGCCCUCACCAACCGUCUCAUAUUUUCUCUCAAAAUAUAUUAUCCACAACUUUUUUAUCUCCCCCGUUUCUUCCAUAGAUUCUCCAACCUUAAUUCCCUUAACCUCUGGUUCGCCUCCCAUUAUCUCGAUGCAGGCCUUGCCUUGGCUCUCCGUGACAGAUCAUCAUUGAGAUCUUUAUCUAUUUCCAUGUUUGAGUUAAAUGAUGCAAAGUAUGUAACUUCUCAUUACAUUGAUUCCUUACUGAGUUUGAAGUGUUUGAAUUCUCUUAAGUUUUGCUGUUCACAAAUCUCGGAUGAUUUGCUUUACUCUAUUGCAAGACAAGGCCUUCCUUUAAAGACUUUUGUUCUUGAAAAUUGCACCGGCUAUAGUUUCCAUGGAAUUUAUGAUUUAUUAUCUAAGUGUCGCGGGAUAAGAUAUUUGGGUCUUCAAGGUGUUCAUUUUCUAAAUAAUCAUCAUGUCUUCCAAUUGUUUUUGCUUGUUCCAGAUUUAGUAUCUAUAAACCUUAGUAAAUGUUCCAAGCUCACAGAAUCAGCUUUGUUCGCCCUCAUUAAGAAUUGCCAUUCACUUGGUGAGAUCACAAUGGAAAGCAUUUAUAUGGAUGAAUCCCCCAUGAAAAACAUAUAUAUUGAGAGCAAGAGUGUAGAAAAUUAUGAUAUUUUGAAAAAUUUUGAUGUCAACCCUCAAUUAAAAUUUCUAUAUUUGUUUCAGUCUUCAUUUAUAAAUGACGGGACCAUCAUAUUGUUAGCUUCAUUCCCAAAUUUGCAGCAUCUGGAUUUGAGUUUUUGCCAUAGCCUAUCUGAAAAAGGUAUUUGUCAAGUUUUAAAUAGUUGUUGUAAGCUUAGACAUCUGAAGUUGAUUUACUGUAAAGUGAGAGGACUAAAAUUGAACUUUGUAGUUCACCAGUUAGAGGUGUUGGACUUAUCCUAUACAGGUGUUGAUGAUAAAACACUCUAUGAGAUCUCAAAGAGUUGUUGUGGGCUUUUGAAACUACUAUUGAUAUGUUGUGAAUAUGUCACGAAAAAGGGAGUGAAGCGUGUGGUUGAAAACUGCAAACAAUGUCUUGUGAUAAAGUGA